AUGAAUGAAACUGUCAUUAAUGUUGUCAUCCUCCAAUGUUGUUAUUUAUAUCUACCGGCUUCAUUUAUUCCAAACAAUAAUUAUGACAAUUUUUACCUUCGAUUAUUUAUUCAUAAGAAUGAUUAUUUAUUAACAAAAGCUGUUUGUAGAUUGAUAUCUGAUGUAGGAAAGUUUUCAAAAUGCGAAAAUUACGACAACGUACGAAUUCGAAGACUUUGUGCUACAAUUUUGGCACUAUUUAAUGCAUGCAAUAAUAUUAUAAAUGUUCCACAACUUGAUUAUACCGCCUUGGAACCAUUAAUUCAAUAUCAUUUAUCAAUUUGUCAAAAUCCUCCAAAUCCAUCAUUACGAACAAUUCUUGGCCGAUCAAAUCUUGAUUUGGUUUAUGUUGUUUCAUCACUUGUUGAACAAGUUAGGUAA